UGUCACUUUUCUUUAUUUUGUUUCCUGUUUUAUUUUCGAAUUUAUUUUUUUUGUAAAUAAUUUUUAAACUCACUAUUUGUUUCAGUAAAGCUAAUCUAUUCUCAGAAGAACUUGCUAAAACAAUUUUUGGUUGAUUUUUUAUUUCACAAUUUUCACUCAAUUUUUUGCUGCCAAUUAAAUGCAAAGAAAUGUCUGCUUCACUAUCAUUGCCUUCAAACAGAAGCCAGUUGGACAUAUUAUUCAGACAGACACUUAUCUUCAGCAAAAUGUUCAAAAAAUCUUGGGCUAGUUCGCCUGAAAUUUUGAAAAUAUUAUAUCAACAUUCAUGUGAUUAUGCAUUUAAUGGAAGAGCAUUGGAGUUAGUUGAGCGAAAUCUACCUAAAAUGUUUAUUGAAAAUGACCAAGUUCGAAAUGGAAUACAAAUUCAACAGGGUUGGUUCAUCAGUCCAAUGAAUGACAUUUCUUCCCGUUUCUUCGAGUCUGGCCAAAAUGUUUCUCGUGCCUUUUGGAGAGGAUACUUUCCUGGACCUAAUCGAAAACGUAAUGGGCUAAUAAUUCAUUUGGCCCCAACUGGUGAUGACACUUAUUGGCGAAGAUAUAAUGGAUUUGUUAAACCUCUCUUGGCACUUGGUGUCUCUUCAAUUCUUCUUCAAAAUCCAUUUUAUGGAGAAAGAAAGCCAAGCAACCAAUUUCGUUCAUCCCUCCUUAAUGUCUCUGAUUUAUUUGUAAUGGGUGGAAGUUUAAUUCUCGAGUGUUGUUUCCUUACACGUUGGGCACGUGAACAAGGAUUUUCACCAAUUGGAAUUUCUGGUGUAUCAAUGGGUGGUCAUAUGGCCUCACUUGCUGUCACAAAUAUUCGAGAUAAACCAAUUUCUCUCAUCCCUCUUCUUUCUUGGACUUCAGCAUCCCCAGUUUUCACACAGGGCGCUUUAGCUGAAGCUAUUGGAUGGAAGGAAUUGAGCGAUGAAUUAGAAACAAAUAAAGAAUUGGAGAAGGUUCUCUGUGACUGUGGUUGGCUUACAAUGAUGGAAGAUCAAACUCAUCCUGCGUAUAAACUCUUCCCAAAAUCACGAGCCCAUCGACUAAUGUGGAUAUUAAUGGAUGCCUUCACAAACUUAGCUAAUUACCCAGCACCCAUCAAUACUGAUUCUAUUCGUGUUGUGGUUGCGGAGGACGAUGCAUAUGUGCCACGAAGUAGUUAUAUCCCAGAUAUUAGUGAUCUAUGGCCUGGAGUUUCUGUUAGUUGUAUUCCGGGUACUGGACAUGUUGGAGCUUAUUUGGGAUCCCAUAAACUCUUUCAAGAGAAAAUUUUGGAGGCAAUCGGAUAUAGUGUUCCCGCGCGAGAAACUACUGCACUAAUGGAUAUUCCGUUGAGUCACCAAAUUUCCUUCGCCUUGGCAAGGUUGAGAGUUAGGAAUGCAAUGGAAAGAAGUAAUGAAAAACCGAGAAGAGGUUUGAUUUGA